ACGCAGAGAGAGAAAAGCUCGAGUUUACAAACUUUCCAUCGGGACACUGGAACGCUGAAACUCUCAGUGCGGGACAACAUGACACACUCUUUUAGCUUUAUGACAACUUUUUAAAGACUUUGCAAGACUUUUCAAGUAGGCCGUGACUACUUUUACCAACGAAAAGGGGAAAAAAAGAAAGAAGGAAAAAAAAAAGAAAAAAGAAGAAAAAAAAAACAGGCCUAACCAAAGAAGUUCCUACAACUUCCAGGAAUUUUAUUUAUUUUAAUUUUUUUCAGGAUCCGAGUAUUUUAAUAAGAUUUUCGGGGUUUGCUUGUUUUUUUAUCUAACAAAAUGAGCAGUAACCCUCUCCAGCCGUUACCGGGCCAGCAGGUGAUCCAUGUCGCCAAAGACCCUGACACGGAUCUGGAGGCUCUGUUUAACUCCGUCAUGAACCCGAAGCCCAGCUCCUGGAGGAACAAGCAUCUGCCCGAGUCGUUUUUUAAGGAGCCGGACUCGGGCUCUCACUCUCGGCAGUCCAGCACGGACUCCGGCAGCCUCCCGCCGCGCUGCCCGGCGGUGCACGUCCGCUCGCACUCGUCCCCGGCGUCCCUGCAGCUGCCCGCGGGCGCGCUGGGCGCUCCGAGCCCCGGGAGACACCACUCUCACAUCCGACACCAGUCCUUCGAUGUGGCCGAGGAGCUGCCGCUGCCGCCGGGCUGGGAGAUGGCGUACACCGCCAACGGACAGAAGUACUUUCUCAAUCACAUUGAGAAGAUCACCACUUGGCAUGACCCCAGGAAGACCAUGACACCCUCGGGGACCCAGAUAGGUCUGCACAAUCAAGCCUCCAACAACGGCAACAUACAGCAGCGCUCCAUGGCCCUCUCUCAACCCAACCUUGUGCUGAACCAGCAGGCCCAUCAGCAGCACCUCCAGCAGCAGCAGCAGCAGCAGGUCCCGGUGCAGCAGCAGGUCCAGGUCCAGGUCCAGGGCUCCCAGCAGCAGAGCUCUCAGCCCAUGAUGAACAUGAGCAGCCCCAUGAGCGCCCAGCAGCACCAGCAGAAGAUGAGACUCCAGCGCAUCCAGAUGGAGCGAGAACGCAUCCAGAGGAGACAGGAGGAGCUCCUCAGACAGGAGGUGGCGCUCCGGCAGCUGCCCAUGGACUCUGAUAAUAUGGCACCGGUGGCAGCAAACAUCAGCUCUCCGCCAAUGACGCAGGGCAACAUGCCCAACAACAGCUCAGACCCCUUCCUCAACAGCGGGCCGUAUCACUCGCGGGAGCAGAGCACAGACAGCGGGCUGGGACUGGGCUGCUACAGCAUCCCCUCCACUCCGGAGGACUUCCUGAACAGCAUGGAGGAGAUGGACACAGGUGAGAGCAUGGUGCCGGUCAGUAUGAGCGUCCCGCCGCAGAGCCGUUUCCCAGACUUCCUGGACUCCAUGCCCGGCACCAACGUGGACCUGGGCACCCUGGAGGGCGCCGACCUCAUGCCCAUCCUCAACGACGUGGAGUCGGUUCUGAACAAGAGCGAGCCCUUCCUCACCUGGCUCUAGACUCACUCACACCACACUAAAGACUCUUUUAUAUAAAUACAUAUAUUAUAUUAUAUAUUCAAUCAGCCUCUUCCUCUAGUUUCACUUUUUAGGUAUCAGAUUCGUUCCCUCACAUCACAAUGAUUUGAAGAACAAUACCAAAGUGUUCAGCCUGCGAACAAACAAGCGAGCACGCGUCAAUCAUAGACAUGCGUGUUUGUUCAGUAACUGAUGUUGGGUAGAUUUGUUUGUGUUCAGAAUGACCAGGUUGACAGCAGAAACACCUGAAUAGUGUUUGAUCAUGUUUAACAGCCGCGCUGUGUGUUAGUACAUUUAACCCCGAGUUAGGGUUAGUCAAGCUUUACCGGGUGAAUCUCACCAAACCUGUCAACAACGCACGGAAGCUGAUUUCUGCCAUGGAAAAUAUAUAUAUAUAAAAAGGUAAUUGCGAUUUUAUUCACAAUUCUUUUUUUUUCUCUUCAGAUCUCGCAAUUCUGCAUGUGGUCAGGUGUCUAAAAAUUUAGAAACAAGUAAUCGUGAGAUGUCACUGAGAGUUCAGAGAAAAAGGUCAGAAUUACGAGACUUAAACAAUUCUAAUAAUAAAGAUUAUGAGAUGGAAACUCAACACUGACUUUUUUCUCAGAAUUGUGGGUUUAUAACUUGCAUUUUUAAGAUAUAAACUCGCAGUUGCGGGAAAAAAGUCAAAAUUGAGAACAAUUACCUUUUUUUAUUUUAAAAUCAGAUAUUUCUUGGCAGAAAUAAGCUAUCAUAAAAAUGUAUUUGGAUCAAGAAUAAGAACUAAAAAGUAAAUGCUUCUAGAAAAUAAAGCCACUUUGUAGGACCAUUCGGAUUUUUUGAAUAAUAAUUAAGCAUGUUUGCCGUAAAACACUAAUGAGAAUCACUACUGAGAAUGAGAAUCAAACUUUUUUAUUACAGUAAUGUAAAACUAGUUUUGUUGGUAUAAAUGGCUGUAUUUUGGUUGAUUCAGAUGCUAUCAGUUUUCAAGGGUGUUUAAUAGUCAGAAAAUCAUAACGGUCCUUACGUUUUCAUGAGAUUCACCCUGCUUUUUCACAUUUUGCCAAAUCAGUGGCAGAAGUGUGCCUGUCAGAGCUUUACAUUGUGACUUUAUAUCCAACGAAUAACUAUUUCAGAUGUGUUUUACUUUUAUUCCAGUUUUAGCUAUUGUGUGAAGCUCAUGAUGCUCCAGAUGGCAUUUGUAGACAAGCGUUUCAUAUCAUAUAUGUUUUUAUGUACUGCUACAGUAUUCCUAUUUUCUAUUCUGUGCUCUUGACAUCUGGUGCAUUGAAUUAGUUUGCAGUUUAGUAUUUAUCAAGAGCUAUGAACUUCUUUUUAAAUAGUUUUUAGAUUUGUUUCCUUUUUUUCAGGAAUUUUAAAUGUUUUCGAAGCACUACAAAUAUGCCAAGGAUUCAGCAACACUGAUCUAGUCCCUUGAUAUCUGCAGGGAAUAUCUGCAUUAAGUAUUUCCUCUUACCAGAGAUAAUUUUGCCUUUAUUUGGAUGAUCAUUGGGGCACACUCUUGAUUUUAGCACCCCGGCUGAAAUCCAGUUCAAUACAUAAACAUAUAUAUAUAUGUUUUUGGUUUUUUUUCUACACAGGUCUACUUUUUGUAUUGCAUGUUUGAUCUGUUUGAUAUUCAUAGCAUCAGGGGUGUAUAGACCCACCUCACCGUGACUUCUUUAUUGUUUAUGGUUACUUUAUAGAUGGGUUAUGAAUUGAAGUGUGCUGGAUCUGUGGAUUGUGCAGACGGUUGGGCGGCGGGUGAUUUUUAGUACCUGUAGGUCAAACUGAGCUCAUGACGUCCUUUAUAAGGGCCGAGCGGGUCAGAAAGAGCCGGUAUGAGCUGUUCUCGAACCCGAGUGACCUCAGAGACGUCCACACA